AUGUUGGUCCAAGCGUUGGCUGUCGCCGCCGCGUUCGUAGUGUCCGCCGUAGCUGCCACCACUGCCAGCUCCCACCAGAUCACGUCUCUUCCCAACUACAACGACGCCAAGCCCAUCAACUUUGACCAGUAUGCCGGCCACAUUCCGCUGCCCAGCAACGGCCAAAAGAUGUUUUACUGGCUCGUGGAGUCCGAGUCCAAUCCAUCCACGGACCCGCUAAGUGACUUGAGCGUCAAGCGCAAUCCGUACGCGUGGAACCGCAAGGCCAACAUGGUGUUCUUGGAGUCUCCAGCGGGUGUCGGCUUCAGCCAGCCUGUUCUGAAUGACACUGACUACAACGACAACUUUACCACCGACCGAGCGUACGAGUUUCUCGAACAAUUUCUCGAAUUGUACCCUCGAUACAAGAACCGCGAGUUUUACAUCACGGGCGAGAGCUACGCUGGGAUUUACAUUCCGUUCCUGGUGCACAAACUGGUGACCAGUCCGAUUGCAAACUUGUCGUUGACCGGGUUUACCAUUGGCAACCCCUUCACGGACAACGUCAUUGACGCGUCGGCGUACAUGGAUUACUUCUACUCGCACGGGAUGAUUUCCAUCGAAGCGUAUAACCUCGGCCGCCAAGUAUGCGGCGACAUUGGCGUCGCCAACUGCUUCUACGGCACUGGCGAAUGCAAUUCCGAUUGCAAAAGUGCCCUUGAGGCUGGUUUUUCCAUGUCAGAAUGGGGCAACUCGAACGCGCUGAGCCAGUACUACAUUUACGGUGAUGUGUGCAAGUUGCAGAGCAACAACCAAUCAAAAACGUUGAUCCCCAACAAAAAUAUCCGACCCCUGACCCAUCGUGGCCUGGUUGGGCCGUGCCAAGAUGUAUACACUGCCUCGUACUUGCAACUCCCGACCGUUCAAGCCGCCAUCCACGUUAUCUCAGAUGUAAUCGAAUGGACCGCAUGCUCCAGUGCCACGGUGUCGCAUCACUACACACGCAGCGAAUCGGCUUUGGACAAGUACCCCACGAUCCUUCAAGCUGGCUUGAAAGGGCUCAUUUACAGCGGGGAUGCCGACUCGAGUGUGAAUUUCAUCGGCACCCAGCGCUGGCUCACGGACGAAGGCCUCAAUCUGACUGUGGUGGAGAAGUGGCAGGCCUGGUUUGGCCCAGACAAGCAACUGGCGGGGUACACUGUACGGUACACCAACUUGACGUUUAAGACGGUCAAGGGCGCCGGCCACAUGGUGCCAGCGCACCGUCCGCUCCAUGCAUUGCACCUGUUUGAGUGCUUUUUGUAUGGGAAUCGACAGUGUCAAUCGUUCAAGUACCCGAAAGACGCGCUGGAGUACCUGAGUGGCGCCGAUAUGGGGGCGACGACAACUGCGGUGGUUGAUAGCAGCGCGAAUGUGUGGUGGAUGAUUGGCAGCCUCGCGGCGCUGGUCGGGGUGGCUCUCUUGGGCUGGCGGGGAUAUGUGCACCACUUUACUCAAAGUAGUUCGUACACGGAAUUGGAAAGUAAACCCAUCAGUAGUAGUAAGUAGUACAUAGUAGACAUACACUAUGAAGACAAGAAUUGUACUAAGCGUACCUAGUAUUGUGCAGUGGUUGACGGACGAAUCCAUCCAGAUACGAGCUUAGAGGACUGCCGCCGAAACGUUGAAAUAUACUAGUAUGAUUGACGACAUUAACUAUUACUAUUAAUAGUUC